AUGAAAGCACGACUACCAUCAGCCCUUCGCGUCAACACUUCUCACCCAUCUGUGACCAAGUCUCUUGCGCGACUCUCCCGCGAAGCCCUGCUUUCCCUUGCCCUUGACUGGCUCGACGAAUAUGCCAUCCAAAAUUCGAUACCCUACUUGCUACCUAAGAGAGAUGAGGAAGACGAGGAUAUGGACGAUCUGUACCCGCCAUGUCGGUCGGUGAACGAACUGCGGCAACUCUACGUAAACAUGCGCCAGCUCAAGGGAUCGAAGAGAGAUGUAGUCAGCAGGAUCACGGAAGGCGACUGGAGGCAUGGACUGACAUUGUUCCAACUGGCCAUGGCAGAUUUCGCGUAUUUGGACGAGCAUCAGACAUCCCAACGAUGGUCUUCGUAUCAGAUUCUGCCUUUACAGCCGCCUACACGGAGCACCGACGAAGAGGACGAGGAAGUCCUCAAAGUUGACAAAGAAAGCCUCAGGGUGCCGCGCUUUCAUCCUGCGACGUUUCUACAGCAACUCCAGGAUCAGAUCCUGCCAGACGUCAAGGCACAUUAUCAUUUUCAUCGAACGGCAAACUUACCUGUGCUGCUGCUGCGAAUCUUUGUUGUCCAUUUUGGGGUCAAUGACAGCAACGCCCUCCAGGCAAAAAACUCUGGUCAAGAAGAAGCGAGCUUUGAUGGCUCGAAAACGAGUCGAAAUCUGUGGGCUCUGCUGGACAAGAGGGGUUCGGGGCGGACGAAUGCCUCCGGCGGAGGCUGGAACAUCUACGUGAACGAGAAAGAGCAGAAAAACCCCAUCGAUUCUAUUUUGACAUUGCCAUCAUCCUCAAAGAACGACUCGAAGGGGCGCAAGAGAGAAUGGCCGCUGAACCAGGCUCAGCAAGAAGACAAACGCGCCAAGGUUGUUGCGGAGGCGAGAUUCGGGGGCUCGAGUACAAUGGAUGACGGAAGAGGUGUGGAACGGGUCGAAGUUGUCCUCCAAGACACCUUUCCACAGCAAGACCUCACUGGCGACUUGGAAGAUGAUGUCGAUGGACGAUCGGGAGACGAUCCUAGGCGACGAAGCAAAGUUGAUACGGUACUGCUGCAGGCGCAGAGUACAUUGGACGAUGAGGCGGCUGACGCCACAGCAUCUUCAACAUGGGCACCGCCCAUCAAGAUCGCGUUCACUGGCUCUCAUGUGUUCGCUGGUAUCAGACAACUCGUGGAAGCUGGUAUUGUCGACGGCGAGAGAAUGCCCGGCUGGAUGACCGGGGAGGAAGGUGUGACGAUGGGCGUUGUGAGGCACGGGCGGAUACGAGGAUUCAAAGGCUCUGGGUUAUGA